GGUACGGACUGGUACGAUUAAAUCAUGUCACUGUCGGUUGUAAUCGUAAGGAGCCUGUGGUUUUUCAUCCUUGUUCUACCAGGUGGCUACUGUUCGCAAGAAGGUAAUUUCGGUUUCGGUGUAGAACUAAUUUUGGCCAAACUGGAAGCAAUAGAAACAAGAAUGAUGCAACUAGAGCAACACAAUUCAUUGCUUCUAAAGCCAUCAUGCCUGCUACAGUCGGAAAGCACUGAAACAAGAACAUCCCGCUUAGCACAUCUGGAGAGCACCGAUCAAUCCACAACUACUCCACGAACUCUGCCUUAUCCCGGUCAACUAUAUCCACGUAGACAUCGGAAUCGACAUCCCAUUUCGAAUAAUACUUCGAAAUACACUACAUCAGAUGAUGUGGACCUUUACAGCUUCUUACCCGUACCUAUGCCCCCACAGUCUGAAAGCAUUACAGUAACUAAAUCAGAUUCAGGCUUGAUAACAUCUCGUCUAUCACAGCCGGGAAGCACCAAUCAAGCCACAACUCAAUCACGAACUCUGCCUCGUCUCGGUCAACUAUAUCCAUAUGAACACCGGAAUCGAUAUCCCAACGAUAAUAUAUACUUAUUUCCACGCUUGCCGCCCAUCUUGACUAAUACUUCGAAACAUAUUACAACAGAUGAUUCAAAAGACUACAGUUUCUUACUCCCACCCCAGUCGGAAAGCAUUGAAACAACUACAAAUGAUCCAAUCUCUAGAAUAUCCCGCCUAUCACGGCCGAAAAGCACCGAACAAGCUACAACCUCGGCCACAACUCAAUCACGAAAUCGACGCUUGCAGCCCAUGGGCAUAUCGACGACUACUUAUAACUAACCAUUUAACUAAUGUAGAUAUUUUUAGCCCUAAUAGGACUCGGAGACCAAUAAAUCGCAGUAGUGCCGAACACAUAACGCAUAAUAUACAUAGUACAAAAUGAACUAAAAAAAACUUUGUUAUUCUUGUUAUUUAUAUGAAGGAAAAAGAAAGGGGUUCGGUCCACUUAGUAAUCCUACAUAGAGAUAUGCAAAGGU